AUGAGAAGCACCACAUCUCAAGCGCAUCACUGGGCCAGUGAGAGGCUGCUCUCUGUGGCAUGGCAUGGGCCUCCAGAGUGUUCAUACUAUCCCUCACAAAGCACAGAGUGCACACAGGACAGCCGCAGUAGCACUACAGAACAACUGAACAGUUUCCACUUUGCUAUGGAUGAUUUUGAGUACAGUGUCCAAAUCUCUGAGCUUGACUGGGACUCCUUUUUCCAAGCAUGUGAAGAGUGUAACAUGUUGCCCCCAGGGUUAGCCAGGCUGGAAGAGUCAGGAAUGAGUGACAUGGAUGACUUAGGGACCCAGCGAACACAAACUGCCACACAUACUGAUCCAGAGCUUCAAACUGAUGCCCUUCCUGACUCUGAAGGCUCUCCUGUAGAGCUUUACCUGAGUAAAUAUGGCUUAAGUAGUCCUGAUCAAGUUCUCUCUGGCAGUGAGGAUGACUUCCACUUGGAGGCUAUCAAUGUGUUCUUCGAGAGGUUGAAAAGUGUCUCAGUGACUGAGGAUCACUCAAAUUUAGGGAGUAAAAUUGCUGGCCAUUCAGAGGGAUCUGAAGUGAAAGAAGACACUAAAAAGAUAGCAGCAUCUGAAGAAAUAUCGCAGUCAUGCAGAAAGCAGAAGGCACAGAGUAAUGAUUGUCAUACCUAUAUGUAUAGUGAAUCUACAGAUGAUGACAGACAAGAACACAAAUCUACCUGUCCUGACACAGAGCUGUUUAUCAAAGAAGAAAACUGGUCACUGGAUGUAUUGAAAGAAGGAGAUAAAUGGGGUGAUAACAUGAUGACACAACCAGACCAUGAAAAGAGUCCAUGCAAUGUUUUGGUCAAUGGUAAAGAGCUCACAGACCCAAACCAAUUCAAAGAAGCAAAAUCUCAGUUAGUAACAAGUGAUAAUUCUGAUUUGCUAGUAGCUCAGAGUCAAGCUUUCAACAUUACCCCAAGAAGGCGAAGAAGAAAGAAAAAGAGAAUGAGUGUGGAAAUGACGGAAAUGGGUUCUGGUUUUGAAGCUCACUUGCCAAGCAAAGUGAGUGAUUCUGAUGAAGACACAUAUGGGAGAAGAGGAGAAAUAGUUCGAGAGACUCAGAUAGCUGAUUACUGUGGCUCAGGGACUGUUACUGAGGCACCUAGUGAAUUUUUAGUACAUCCUAAGAAAAAUAGUAUUUCAGAAAAUUUCUCAGUAUUUUCACAGUCAGUCUCAGUGAAGGGAGAUAUGAGUAAGUCUACACAGGUAAGCCCUAAUUUACAAGAACUCAGUAGGAGUACAGUAAGAGUUGCUCAAUGCAAGAGAGAAAUUGACAUGUCUGUUGGUAAUCUGAGUGAAACAUCAACAAAAACUGGAAAGAUUGCCAUAAGACCGGAUCUCAAAUCUCCUGAAAGUGGUGUUUCUGUUACAGAGACACCUCAGAGGGAUGAAAAUCGAUCUGCAAACACUAAUGUAGAUAACGUGGGAAUUCGUUCACAGCUUAACAACAAUUUGCCAUCGGAAAUGCUAGCAUCUAUUGCCAGCUCUGAUGUAUCAAAUGUUGAGGGACAACCUGUAAAUAGAGAAACUCUUGUUAGAUACUCAGUCUCAAAUCACACAGAUGAUAAGUCACAAGCAGAUAGUACAGCAUUACAAAUAGCACCACUGAUACAUUCACUUGUAUCACCUGUUUACUCAAAGACACCCAUAAGUCAAUUUGGAGACAGAGUGAUGUUAUCAGACUUUCAGUUUGAUGGGUCUAAUGCAGUAGGUCAAAGGAAAACCUCAACUUCCUGUGUAACAUUUCCUGAGUUAACAAGCAAGACAUUCUUCUCAGCAUCUUUCAAAAACACAGAAAGGAAAGAGAUUUCAUCUUCUGUGAAUCAUGAUGAAGUCCCCCAUGAAAACAAAAGUGAUGGUUUGCCAACUAAGGGGUGUCUGUCAGAAACAUUUCCUUUCCAUUUAUUGGCACAGGAAGAUCAAGAGCAAAUAAGUCACCAGAAUAAUCACAAAACACAAAUGAGUGCAGCCCAAAUAUCAAAAAUAGAUGAGAUCAAGGAUGCUCCAACAGUUGAACCAAAAGCAGACAUUACAAAUGAAAUGAAUUUGAAAAUGAAUUUGUCAAAAAAUCCCAGCAUCUCAAAUACAUCUCAAAAUUCACAAAAUGAAGAUUGGAAAGAAGAGAUCUUUGUGUCUUUAAGUUUAAAUAAUGUGCCUGAAAGCCAGAAAGGCAUACAUACAGAAACUAUUCAGUCCCCUGAUUUCAAAGGGGACAGAAAUGAGGUACUGUCUCUUAAGGGACAGACUAAGGAAUACCAGUCUCUGAUACACACUAUUGACCCAGACAGUCAACUUUCAGUUUACACAAAAUCAGAACCUACCCUGUCUAAUAUUAUUGCAAGUAGUGAAGAACAAAAAGGUUUUGAUCUAUCUGAAGAUAAACCACCAUAUUUUUCAUCUAAAGAUCAUGACCUGUCACCUACUAAAGUACAGCAUUCAUCAUCUCCACCACCGGGGGAGUUAACAGGUGGAGCUAAAAGUCUAGAAACACUAGAUCCUGAUUCUGUGAAUCAACCCACACCUCCUGUAUAUGCUAUAUCUUCCUUCUGGAAUGAAAUGGAGAAGCUGACCAUAAACGAUAUAUUACGACUUCGUCUAGUUGGCCAAGCACAGUACCCCAGUGUGCUACUCCAGCCAGAUGACAGCAGUAUUGCAGAUGGGACAGAUGCAGCAGAUUCAGGAUAUUUUACACACUCCGAUGAAUCCAAGCCUGACCACUCCAGUGGGAACAUGACAUUCAUAUCUGACUUUGAUGGAGAGCUUGCACAGCUCCUAGCACCAGAUGCAGCCAAACAAGAUAAGGGUACAAAUGAGUCUUCUAAACCAACAGGCAUCAUUUGGGAAAGUGAUCCAAAUCUGUCAGGAACUGCAACUGGAAUGGAAGAUGUGUUUAAUUUGGAUACAGUCCAUUCAUCAUCUCUCUUUAGAAAUAAUUCAAAUCAGUGCUUUAGGAAGAUGUGUAAAAAUAUUAGCGUCCAGAACUUGCAAGCUCUUGAAGGCCAAAACCUGGGGAAAAUCCAGAGAAAUGCCUCUCUCCACUCCAUUCAUUCUAUUUAUGCCACUCACUCUGAAGUUGAGGAUAACUAUGUAGAUCCAUUCGAUCGUGUUGAAACUUCAUCCCCAGUGUAUCUCUCUGAUGAGGAGGAGAUGGAAAGCACUGGCAUCACUUUCUCAGAGAUUUUUGAGUAUCUUUUUGGUUCAGAUGAACCCAAACAAUCUGCCUCUGAGACCAACACUGAAGCUGAUUCUUAUCCCACUGGAACUGAGACCUCUUUCCCUGAGAUGUAUGACCAUUUCUUUUCAGAGUUUGAGCCUGAAAGUUUAUUUUUUCCACGUGCAGACAACAACAUAAAUAGUAACGAUGAGCUAGUUCCCAUCUUCUCUUCCUCACGUUCAGCAACCAGGAAUGCCCAGUUCCCUGAAGUGUAUGAUUACUUUUUCCCAGAUGAUUCCCCUGUUCACUCAGAUGAAGAUGAAGAACCUGAGCAUACAGUCAUCCGAGUGGUCACACGAUAUGACCACAACCCAACUAAGAAUCAUGAUUCUGUAACAGCCUCAGAUCCAUACAAACACAUUUUUUCUGAGAAAGACAACGGCUGGAACUUUGUGUGGACAAAUCCUUUUUCAUUUAGGAGAGUCCGGCGCACAGGGGUCACAGUCCCACGUGAGGAGUCCAGUUCUCAGGCUCUGACUCCUGUAAAAAAUACUGGCAGGUCAUAUCAUGGAGGAAUUCACCCUAUAUGCAUGUUGGGUGCUGAUGAGAGCCCAUUUCCAGACCCACUGAUUCUCAACCUUGAGAACAGCAUCUUCAGACAGCUGGCAGAACAGCAGAAGAUAUGCAGAGAAAUGCAGACAACCGUUGCUGAUCCAAGGUUGGAUGCACCACUGUUGCCCAUUAAACAGGCAGAUAUGUGCUUGGUUUGCAUUGCCUUUGCCUCCUGGGUCCUGAAGUCAGUCAACCCUCAAGGAGCUGAUACAUGGAAAGCUGUUCUGCUGGCAAAUGUAAGUGCCCUGUCUGCCAUCCGAUACCUCAGGAGAUUCACGAAGGAUGAGGCGGCCAAGAUAUCUCCACUGCGUCAGAUCAAGCCUGCGUAAAUCUGACCACAGUGUUGCCAGGUCACCUUUCAGUCAGUCACUCCUUUUUCCUAUGUAACUCAAGCCAGAGCUGAUGCUACAUAUCGUAAGCUGUGCAUGCAAAAAUACAUGUGAUUAAUGAAUAGCCUUCAUCUAUAAGCAUGCUCAUUAAGCCAAUAAAAUGGUUAUUAGCUUUCAUGUUCUUCAAGGACACACCAUAACCAUAUAAGAGUAAAAUAUUAAAUGACUAAAUGACCACCUUUCAUGAUAUUUCAUGAGCAGUGUAUUGCAGUUGUGCCAUCUUUUAUUAAGUGGGAGGAUAAGUUAAGGUGUUAAUUAUGAGGGCAUUAACAAUGAUCACAUGUAAUAUUCUUCUAAAGUGACCAAUCCUGUACUGAAAGGUAUGCUUACAGUAAUAAUGAUUAAAAUGUCAUUUUCUGUGUACAUGACAGAAAAGACAGCUGUACAGUGCCUUGAAGAAAUUAAUAAAAAUAUAUUUUAAUAAAUAUUGUAGUUUGGGUCCAAGCCUGCCAUCAGUUGUGGAACCAUUAAAUAUUACACCAUAUCAGUUCUCAGAACCUGUGAAUGAAAUUGCUUAUGGAACAAACAAUGCAGUUUGAUAUAAAUGAUCCCUCGUGAUGAUGGGAAUAAAUUAUAUUAGUGACAUAAUGUCUUGUUUAAGUAUUGAUAGCCUUACA